AUGGCACCUGCAUCCGCCGCCAAUUCCGCUCCCGCCGUGGACAUGACCGCCUUCCUCGCCAGCCUACAGCCCGAGAACCGACAUAUUUUCCUCGAGCCGAGCGCCUCUAUUCCCGGCGAUUCGCUCAACAUUGUCAAGGAUACGCUGGAAGCGUUUGCCGCGCAGGUGGGCGACCUGCAGCAGGAGCGGCUGAAAGAGAGCAGGAAGAGGAAGAGGGGUGGAGAAAAGGUCGUUGACGAUGUGUUGAAGUUGAGAAAGGUGUAUGCGGAUGGGUUUGAGACGGCGCAGGUGUGGCAGCAGGCGAAGAGGAUUAUCGGGGGGGUGUUGAAGUUUUCUGGUGAUGUGUUGGAUGAGUUGGAGGAGAAUGAGGAGGUUGUUGCUUUGGGGAGCCAGUCUGAGUCUGAGGGUGAGGGUGAGGGUGGUGUUAGGAGUUUGACGUUUGGGGAGGAUGGGUUUGAGGUUGAUUCUGAGGAUGGUAGUGAGGAUGAGGUGGGUGAGGAGGGUGAAGACGAGGAUGAGGAGGAAGACGAGGAGGAAGAGGAAGUGGGAGAUGAAGAUGAAGAUGAAGAGGUGGCAUUUGACGAUGCGCCAGAAGAAGAUGAUGAGGAUGAAGAGGAAGAGGACGACGCUGAAGAAUACGUUGAAGACCCCAAUGGCCUCAAUGAUGGCUUCUUCUCCAUCGACGACUUCAACAAGCAGACUCAAUGGUUUGAGGACCAGGACGCGCGGGGAGACCCAAACACCGACCAAGCCAGCGAUGACGAAGACGUAGAUUGGGGUGCUGACCCCUUGGCACCUCCAAAACCCGGGUCCAAGCCAUCAAAAAAGCACACCGACGAUGAGCCUCUCGAAGAUGAGGACUCUGAUGAAGACGAUGGUCCAACAUUCGGGGACAUGGCUCUUGAUGCGCCAGAAGGUGCCAGCGACGACGAAGCCAUGGACAUAGAAGACGGUGUCGACGACGAUGAAGCCAACGACUUCAAUGCCAAUGAGGUCUACUACAAAGACUUCUUUGCUCCCCCCUCAAGAAAGAACAAGGCGGGAAAACCUUUCAAAAAGAAGGAAGCGCGCUUCGAGGUCCAACAACCCAACGAAGAAGACAUGGAGCGAGCCAUGGCCGACGUCAAACGCGACCUCUUUGACGACGAGUCGGAAAACGAAGACUCAGAAGACGCUCUAUCAGACGUCUCUGCCGGCGACCCCAAAUCAAGACGUUCCGCCCACGAACGCCGCCAAGCCAAACUCGCCGAAGAGAUUCGCAAACUCGAAGCCGCAUCCGUAGCCAAGCGAGAAUGGACACUCUCAGGCGAAGCCUCUGCCGCCUCACGACCCGUAAACUCCCUCCUCGAAGAAGACAUGGACUUUGAGCACGUCGGCAAACCAGUACCCGUCAUCACGCCCGAGAUCAGCGAAUCCAUAGAAGACCUCAUCAAGCGGCGCAUCCUAUGCCAAGAAUUCGACGAAGUCCUCCGCCGGCGCCCCGACACAGACAGCGUCCCCGCCAACACGCGCCGCGGCCUCAUCGAACUUGACGACAGCAAACCCAACAAGAGUCUCGCGGAAGUCUACGAAGAGGAACACGUCAAAAACACCAACCCAGACACCUACGUCAGCAAAUCCGACGAGAAGCUCCAAAAGGAAGAAAAGGAAGUCGAGGCCCUGUGGAAAGACGUGUCUGCGCGCCUCGACGCCCUCUCCAGCUGGCACUACAAGCCCAAACCGGCGGCACCCCAACUCAGCGUCGUCAGCGACAUUGCCACCGUCGCCAUGGAAGACGCACAACCCACUACCGCGCAGGGCGUCACUGGGGAAUCCUCACGCAUGGCACCCCAGGAGGUCUACAAGGCUGGCGCGGAUAAAGACUCCGUCGCAAAGGGUGAAGUCGUCACCAGGGCUGGCCUCCCUAUCGCCCGGCAGGAAAUGUCGCGUGAGGAUCGGACACGUAGACGUAGACGGCACAAGGAGCGUGUUCGCAAGGCUGGCGGUGCGGAUGCCCAGAAUGAUAAGAAACUUGGCACGAGGGCUAAGAUGCAGCGUGAUACUAUGGCUGAGUUGAAGAAGGGUGGUGUCAAGGUCAUUAAUAGAAAGGGAGAGAUUACGGACGUGGAUGGCAAUAAGGCCAAAGCUAAGAAGGCCGUUACAAGUGGAAGCUUCAAGUUGUAG